CUCUCAUCUCCGUCCUCCUGCAAUCUCACCCCUCCCUCUAAACCCGCAGGCCGCAGUAGCGCCGCUACGGUUUGCUCAGGAUUCGAACCCCACCUUCUGAUUGCUCCGAAUCCGAGGCGGCGGUUGCGCAGAAGUUUGCGGCAUGGCGGGGUACCCGGAGGACAACCAGCACGCGUUGAACGGGUACGACGAUGAGGAGGUCGACGAGGAGGGGCACCCCGGGCGGCGGGGAGGUCGGGAUGGGGCGUCUGGGUACGGCGAUGCUGGCGGAGAGGAUGUGAGGGGGGCGGGCGGCGACUCAUCGGGGAAGAUUUUUGUCGGAGGCGUUGCUUGGGAGACAACUGAAGAAUCAUUCUCCAAGCAUUUUGAGAAGUAUGGGGCAAUAACUGAUUCUGUAAUUAUGAAGGACAAGCAUACUAAGAUGCCUCGUGGAUUUGGAUUCGUUACAUUUUCUGAUCCAUCUGUUAUAGACAAGGUUUUGGAGGAUGAACACGUUAUAGAUGGCAGAACGGUGGAAGUCAAGAGGACAGUUCCGAGGGAAGAGAUGAAUACCAAAGAUGGCCCUAAGACAAGAAAGAUCUUCAUCGGUGGGCUACCUGCAUCUCUUACUGAAGAUGAGUUGAAGGAUCACUUUUCAUUGUAUGGUAAGGUGCUUGAACAUCAGAUAAUGCUUGAUCAUAGCACUGGGCGUUCUAGAGGGUUUGGUUUUGUCACUUUUGAAAGUGAAGAUUCUGUUGAAAGAGUCAUAUCAGAGGGGAGAAUGCGUGAUCUUGGUGGGAAGCAGGUUGAAAUAAAGAAGGCUGAACCAAAGAAACAUGGAUCUGAUAACAUCGGUAAUGGGAGAUCAAGCCAAGGGGGUGGAGGUUACCGCAGUACUUACCGUGGUGGUGGUGGAGCUGGUAGUGGCAGCAGCGGCAGCGGUGGGGGUGGUUAUGGGUUUGGUGAUGCUUAUCGAUCUGCUGCAGCGAGUUAUGGAUAUGAUGGUGGCGCAGGAGCAGGAUAUGGCUAUGGUAGAGGGUAUGGCUAUGGAGGCAAUGCUGGCUUUGCGUCUGGUUUUGGUGGUGGGUAUGGUGGAUCCAUGUAUGGAGGCGCAUAUGGUGCAUAUGGGGCAUACGGUGGUGGUGCUUAUGGAGGUGGUGCCUAUGGAGGUGGUGCAUAUGGAGGCAGCGCCUAUGGUGGCGCCCCAGGUGGUGGUUAUGGCACUGGUGGAUACGGCAGUUAUGGUGGAGCAGGUGGUACUGGUGGUGGGAGUACAGGUGCUCGGGGUUCAAGUAGGUACCAUCCAUAUGGAAAAUAAGCUACAAGUUCAAUCAAGUUUUCUCGGUGUCGGGAGUUUCUCUGGUCCUCCUAGUUCAGUUUUCAUGCCAUGUCCACCUAAACAGGGGCAUUGGAGCAUAGUUGGGUUGAACACGUCACCACCGGAACAAUUGUGUAACUGCAGCUGUUGAGCCUGCCCGCCUGCCUUCGCUUGCUGUACAAGCUACACAUGAAACCUGUGUUGUAUUCUUUAGUUCGGUAUGCAGAGUUUAGAACCCUGAG